CUUCACGUCGGUGGCCAUUUUGGAUGUCAAAGUGAAGUGCGAAUUGGCGGAAAAGUUCUCUGAGUUUUUAUCGUGUUUUCACAUACAGAGAGGAUCUUAAAGCAAGCAGAAAUUGCAUAAAUCUCUCACAGGCAACGGAAAUUCCUCUUUGGGGAAGCUGCAAUUGGCGAUAUGGCGCCCUCGAAAGGCAGAAAGAAAAAGGCGGAUGAGGCCCCAAUUAGGAAGUCUUUCGGGCUAGAUGCUAUGAAUACCAGUGGCAGGGUCACCAGGGCAAAGUUCGCGAAGGCAAAGAGCGCCGCAGGGGUAAAGCCUUUGUCUAUCAAAUUGGUCCGAAUCAAGCAAAAUCUUCCGGACGCUAUAGCAGAGCAGGCCAAGAUUGUGCCCAAAGAUCAGGUUUCCAAGCGUGCUGUGAGAGAUGCAGAGACUGUAGAGACAGAAAGAGAUUCUGCUGAAACCGUGAAGCCUCGAUCGCGGAAAAAGAUUCCUGCAGAGGAAGAGCUGAGCAAGCCUAAGAAGAAGACCGGAAAGCCCACAAAAGCUUCUGAAGACGUCGAGGUGGAGAGCAAAGCUGAGAAGAAAACUACUGGUGGCAGGAAGAAGCAAGAGGCGAAGGUAAUUUCUGUCGAAACAGCUGGCUCAAGUAAGGCGGAGAAGACUGAGCCUGUGGCGGGUCCCAGCAAAGGCAAGGGAAUAAGGAAGAAAGUUGAUGCGAAGCCUGCGGAAAAUGAGCCUAAGGCAGAUACGAAUAAGAAGGUUGAGCAGCCGCUAAGGAGAACGGCAAGGGCGAAGAAGGAGCAGAAGACGGAGGAAAAAGUGGCGGGAAAUCCUAAGCAAAAGGCGAAGGAAGCAAAAGUGAUGGAAAAGCCGAAACCAGUGGCGAAGACACAAAACAAGGCUGCCACAUCGAAGGAGAAGGAAGUUGAGGUGAAGAAGGUUCAGCCGAAACCAGCCGCGGUCAAGCAAAAGCCGGCAGCUGCCAAAAAGAAGGAAGUUCCUGCAUCUUCGAGAGCUCGCAACCGAGCGAAAGCGCCUCCGAAGGAGAGUGAGGAUGUUCCGGUGGUGGCUGAGGAGACAGAGUCCGAAAGUGUCUCUUCCGACGCCUCAGAUAAGGAGAAUCAGGUGAAAGAUGUGCCAAAAAACGGGCCGCCUCAGACGAUCCACGGAAAUAGUGGUGAAAAGAAGCCCAUUUACAAGACCAUCAACACAAAAGCCACCGAAGUGCCUAUGAAGCAGCUGAUUGUGAUGGACGAGGAAGUGGCUGGCCCAAGUACCGCCGUCUAUGAUUUCUCAUCCAGUCAGGGCAGUCUCGAGAAGAAGCCCAAGAAGAAGCGACCCCGAGGGCUGAAAGCUAAGGCCACCAAGGCUAAGGGCGCUAAAGCUAAGGCAAAAUCCCCUCUGUGGGACCCUCAGGCGCUCAGGAGGUUUCAGAACAAGGCGUCCAAAUUGCAGUCAAUUCCAGCGCACAUUGUGUCGAAGGUGAAGCAAAAGGAGUUGGCUAAGCAAGCUGAAUAUCUCCAGACGUCUACGCCCAUCAGGGAUCGCGCUGUUGCUGAGUUGCCCGCGGCGGAGAAUAUUUCUUGUAUUGAAAAUGAUGAUGAUGAUGAUGAUUUGGAGCAUCAAAAUGAACCCGAUGAGACUGUGGCAGAACACCAUGAGGAGGAUAUCCCGGAAACGCCAGCGGAGAGCAGGAGGAAGAGUGUGCAGGCAGAUGAUUCGCCCUGGAGAUCGGAUGAGACUCGCGUAAUGCUGCCCACAACGAGGUACAUAAACCAGUCAACGACGGACCACCUGCCUACUUAUGCCAGUGAAAUGAUCGUGAAGGCCACUCCGAAGAGGCUCAAGCCACCGCCGAGAGUGCCUCAGGCCGCCACAAGCACAGAUCGGGGCAAAUCCGGUGCGCAAACAUCUAAUGUGGCGCAAAAAACCACUCCGGAAUCUCUCAAUAAGUCUCAGAUGAGCAAACGCACAACCGCGGAUUUCACAGUGAAGAAUUUCUUUGGAUUCGAGCUCGAAGAUCCUGAUAACUCCUUGGAAGCGGACGAGGAGGUCGUGCAGAAGCACGGCGAGGAGGCGCUGAAGAAGGAGCGGGAGCGCGUGAAGGCACUGGUGCCGAAGAAGAAGCGUCCUGCCGCUCCCAUCUCUCCGAUUCGGCGCAACAGGAGAGUACAACAGCUCACUCUUGAGCAAGCCAUGCCUUCCACAUCGCGAACGGCGGCCAAGGAGACGCCGCUUGUGGAGAAUCUGUUUGAGCCUGAAAGGCCGGCGGCCAAUCGCAGUUAUUCCCGUCCGAAGAAGCCGAAGCUGCAGGAGAGCGAAUCGGAGGAAGAUGUCCUGGAUGAGGAAGAGGUGGCAGAUCUGACGGUGGAGGAGCAGCAGAUCCUGAAAUACAAGAAGAAGCAGAAGGAGGGGAAGCCAAAGGCAACAACGAGCAAGAAGGAUUUAGAGCAUCAAAAGGAACUCGAUGAAUUCUGCACUUCAUUCAACGAAAUGUGCGACGAAGUGGACAAAUUUGAAAUGAUGGUGGAAUAAGCUAAACUAAGUGCUAAAGGGC